AGAAGACGCUGGCUGUGAGACAACCUGUGUGUCAAAUGUGUCCUGGAAAUUAGGACGCAAAUUACACCUUUUUCGCUCAACGGAAGUUUCUGUGGCGGAUUUUUUUUUGGUGGGAUCUUGAUUUACAGGCUGCUAUUAUGGACGAGGACAAUCAAGUACCUGAGGACCUGUCUUCCGAGGAAAGAGAUGAGCUGUCAAACAUACGACGCAGGAAAAAAGAGCUUCUGGAUGACAUUGAACGGCUGAAGUUUGAGAUUGCAGAGGUGAUGACUGAAAUCGAGCAGCUUACCUGUGUUGGGGAGAGCAAAACCACACAAAGAAACAAACAGAUCGCUAUGGGGAGGAAGAAGUUCAACAUGGAUCCUAAAAAGGGGAUCCAGUUUCUCUUGGAGAACGAUCUUCUCCAGCACACCCCAGAGGACAUUGCGCAGUUUCUCUACAAAGGCGAGGGGCUCAACAAAACGGUCAUCGGGGACUACUUAGGGGAACGGGAUGACUUUAAUAUCAAAGUCCUCCAGGCAUUUGUGGAGCUCCAUGAGUUUGCAGACCUCAACCUUGUACAAGCCUUAAGGCAGUUUCUGUGGAGCUUCAGACUUCCUGGCGAAGCCCAGAAGAUUGAUCGUAUGAUGGAGGCGUUUGCCUCCAGGUACUGCCAAUGCAAUCCUGGCGUCUUCCAGUCCACAGACACCUGCUAUGUCCUAUCAUUUGCCAUCAUUAUGCUGAACACCAGCCUGCACAAUCCCAACGUCAGAGACAAGCCCCCCGUGGAGCGCUUCAUCUCCAUGAACAGAGGGAUCAAUGAGGGGGGAGACCUCCCAGAGGAGUUACUCAGGAAUCUAUACGACAGCAUCAAGAGCGAACCCUUCAAGAUCCCAGAGGAUGAUGGGAAUGAUUUGACGCACACGUUCUUCAACCCAGACAGAGAGGGCUGGCUGCUCAAAUUAGGGGGGCGAGUGAAAACCUGGAAGAGAAGGUGGUUCAUCCUGACGGACAACUGUCUCUACUACUUUGAAUAUACAACGGACAAGGAGCCUCGUGGGAUCAUCCCGCUGGAGAAUCUCAGUAUCAGGGAGGUGGAGGAGCCCAGGAAACCUAACUGCUUUGAGCUGUACAAUCCAAACCACAAGGGCCAGGUGAUCAAAGCCUGCAAGACGGAGGCGGAUGGGCGUGUUGUUGAGGGAAAUCACGUGGUGUACAGGAUAUCAGCACCCACGCCAGAGGAGAAGGAGGAGUGGAUUAAAUCAAUCAAGGCCAGCAUUAGCAGAGACCCCUUCUACGACAUGUUGGCCACCAGGAAGAGACGCAUCGCCAACAAGAAGUGAAGAGGGACAAUCUUCUCCAUGCACAACCUCCAAACCCCCUCCAUCUUUAUCUCACAUACAGUAAAUCACACAGUGCAGAAGCCGGUUCUCCACAGAAAUGACUGUCAACCCCAAAACAGACUCAGAUCCUGAAGACGAACCUCCACUGAACUGUCUGCAAGUCGUGCGCUUUUUGGGGAGACAUCACACUCUACUGAGAGGGCAACAGAGCUCCAGAAAUCUCAGAUAUGCAGACAUGCAUGGAGCAGCAGCCAGUUUGUUUCUCCUCCAUCUCAUACAAACCCCCUACCUCCCCCCUCUCAUGCUCAUAACAUGUUUCUAGGUCUCGCGAAAGCACAACUGCCACGUUUCAGGUGCAUGCAUGUGGGUUAUUAUAGACCCAGUGUGUGUGUGUGUGUGUGUGUAUGUGUGUGUGUGUGUGUGUGUGUGCUACAGUGUGUGCAUGCUAUCAGUGCACACACCACAGUAUGGGCGCAUUAGCGUUCCCUUCACUGUGCUUUAUUAAAAAAAAAAAUCAGAUGUUUGGUCAGCUAGACAGAGCACGGUUUUAAGGGUGUAUAGACACGUCUGGAAGAGACAGACAGACAGACAGAGAGCAGAGGUGAUUGUGAGGCAGCAGGUGGAUGCAGUGCUGUAUUACCUCUGCUGGUCCAUGUUGUCAUAUCACUCUGGUGCUGAGUUCUUUUCUCCAGGUGCCACAGCUAACGCACUGCUCAGAGUAACCUCAGACAGCAGCGCUGGCUUACAUUUAGGUUCCUAGCAAAGCAUUACAGUCUUGAGUCAGCUGGGCUGAUUUCAUUUAUUAGUGUGGAGCAGAGAAUUUUGAAAUGUGCAUACUUUUUAUUUUAGUUGAGUAAUAAAGGCGCCUUUUCCCGAGGCUACAGGUGAAACAUGCCUUACAGACUAAAAAGCACUUUCAGCUGAGAAAGUAUUUUCAGUCUGCUGGGUAGGUUUUAUUAAUGGGUACCAGUCCGAUUAAGCUUCUUCUUUUUUUCCUCUUUUUUUCUUGUCUAUGGCCUAUGUCAGUGAAGGUCAAUGUAUUGUCGUGAUCCUGUUUGCAUUUGGUUUGUAAUCCUGAAGAUCUUUGCUUGCUUUUGUGUUCCUCUUUGAAAGUAUAUGAAUAUAACCUAUUAUAUACUAUCAUUUUGUAUUUAUUUUCAUUUGUGAAAUGGUUUAAUACUACCUGUAAAUGUUAAACAAUGUAUGCCUAAGUUAUGUAUGUAUAUAUAAUGUAUAGGUUUUCUGGUCUCUUUGUUGUAGUAUGCACACUCUGUGUAACAUGUUUGAGCCUACUGGCAGAAGUUUGCAUCAGCUGAAGUUUGGGGUCUUCUUUACAAAAGCCUUAAACAUAAAUCAUUAAAAAAAAUAUGAUGACAAGGGUGAUGAUGAUGAAGAUGAUGAUAAUGAUAAUGAUGACAAUGAUGAUGAAGGAGAGAAUAUUUGCGCUUUAAGGUCAAUAACUGUGAUGAUACCAUUGAAAAGCCAUGACUGAUGAGUGAGAAAGAUGCCCAUAUUUAUGAUAAUAAUGAAGAUUAUAGUGAAAAUGUUGCUUGAUGUUUUGUUAAUGAUGAUGAUUAGAGUACGGUGAUAUCAGUGGUAAUGAUGAUGAUGUCAAAAAUGAUAAAUUCUACACCAGUAGUUUUCUAUGUGAUUGUAAAAUACAAUGAAAGC